AUGACAGCAUGCUGCUGCACAUUUACCAUGCAGCUGGAAAAGUGGACCGAAGAUGGCGUUGAAAUUGAAAUUGUCAAGAAAAUCCCUGGUAAGGAAUUGUGCACUUUGAAAAGUGAACCUGGCGAUGUGCUUGAGCAGUACUAUCGAUUAACUGAUGAACAUGGAAAACUGAUUGGAACAAAUUUUGGCCAGAAACCGUAA